UGCCUUUGGAGUUUCCUUUCAACCUGUCUAAUCAGCGAGCAGUAGCUUUUCUGCCGGUCGUCAUCCAGUUUAAGUAAAAAUAAGCAUAAUGCCACCUGUUACUGAGAAUCCAAAUCCAAAGGGGAUAAAUGCAGUUCUUCUAGGUCCACCUGGAGCGGGAAAGGGAACACAGGCUCCAAUGAUGGCAGAAAAGUACUGUGUGUGUCAUUUAUCAACAGGUGAUAUGUUACGAGCUGUUGUUGCCUCUGGUUCAGAGCUGGGAAAGAGAUGUAAAGACGUGAUGGACAAAGGCCAGUUAGUCAGUGACGACUUGGUUGUAGAACUGAUUGAUGAAAAUUUAGGGAAACCCAUGUGUAGGAAUGGCUUUCUAUUAGAUGGCUUUCCCAGGACUGUCAAACAAGCUGAAGCUUUAGACAACUUACUAGUAAAGAGGCAAACCAAGUUAGAUGCCUGUGUGGAAUUUGCUAUAGAUGAUUCACUGCUGGUUAGAAGAAUUACAGGACGUCUGUUUCACAUGAAGAGUGGCAGGUCUUACCAUGUGGAAUUCAACCCACCAAAGUUCCCAAUGAAGGAUGAUAUGACAGGUGAACCACUUAUAAGACGCUCUGACGAUAAUGAAGAAGCACUGAAGAAAAGAUUAGAGGCUUACCAUAACCAGACAAAACCAUUAGUGGAUUAUUACGCUAAAAAAGGUAUCCACACAGCCGUUGAUGCCUCCAAACCACCUAGUGAAGUUUUUGCUGCAAUAAAAGAAAUUUUUGCACCAAAAGUACUAACAAAGGACAGUCCAGAGGGUAAAGGAAUGUUUGGAAAAUUAAGAAGUAUGGCUGGGAAAUAACAUUUACAAAUUACAUUAGACAAUAAAGUACAAUAAAGUUGAUUUAGUUAAAAAUCAAAUUUUGACUGAUUUUUUUUUACAGUGAAUGCUGGCGGUUGUAAGUGAUUCAUUCUAAAGACCUGUCUGCAAAUUGCUUAGGUAAUAUUUGACAGGGUCAUAAAUCAUUGUUAUCAAUUUCAAUCACUAGCAAUCACCCUGAUUCACUGUGAAUUACUCAACACCAGCAAUAGUAAUUUUUUAACUCAAUCGCCUGAAGUGUGUACUGUAGUUAAGUUUUCAGUCCUCUUAUAAUAAACGAUAGGAGUGUGCACUAACUGUUACAAAAGUAGAAAUUUAUACAAAAAUGAACAAUGAUCAAUAAUACUUUGUGUGUGAAUAUUGUUACAUGAUUAAAUAGCUGUAUUCUUGAACAGUCUUUUAAUUUGAGUUUAUAAAUUAUAGAAUUUUCUAAUUAUAAUCAUCUUUCAUAACUUUUUGAAAAAAAGAUAUAUGAUUAAAAUUACUAUGAAUUUGAUAUUUUAUUUUGAAUUUUAAAGGUGAUAUGGCCUCAGUUAGUCGUUAUCAAAGAAUACACCUUAUUGCUAUUUAGUACCAUUCUGAAAAAUAAAUAGAGUUACUUAGACAACCUGCUGCUGGGGUCUAUUGUUGCAAAAAAAGUCAUUACUAUAAUUCAGUUGAGGGGGGAAAACAUUUAAAAAGCAAACAUUUUAAAAUUGUGUUAUUAUAGGUAGAUAUUUUUUAAAGACAAAUUAAAGUCAAAUAAAUGCUUUGUUUGGAGUGUUUACAAUGGUUAAAAAACCUCUUUUUGAAAACUUUUAUGCACAAUAUAUUGUUUAAACACGGCCCCAGUUAGCUUCAACUAUGAAAAAAAAAAUAUGUAAUUUCCGAACUUAUCCGGAUUGGAAUAAAUAGCAAUAAAGAUUGUAAGACUUGACAAAUCAUUACCAUAUUAAAGUACUUGAGCUUUAUUCUCCUUUAUGGGAAAUGAUAGUAUGGAUAUUUCAGAACUUUAAAUGUCAGAUUAGAACUGAAUGAUAAGCAUUUUCUAAGUUAAUACAUGUACAUGUACGUUUAAAAUCAUUGUAUAAAAUCUAAUGGCAACAUGGCAAUCUAAUGUGAGAUCAUGUUAAUACUUUCCAGUACUGCAGUAUGAGGUUAUUUGUUUCCUAAAGGAUGUUAGCUACUCUGUUUCAAAAUAACAAGCUUUUUAAAAGACUGUUCUAAAAUGAUACUAUAUAAAUAAAGGAAUAAAAAAAGAAGAAAAAAUAAGGUGUCCAUGUGCAUGUUUUCGAGAUAUAAACCAGUGAAAAGUUUGGCGGGAAAUAAUUCUCUCUAGAUUUUUCAUACUUUUAACAUUGGCUGCUUUUCUGUUUCAAAAACUAUGAAAAAUAACAAGGAUUUUAUAAGAUUUUCUAAUCUGGCUUUUUAAACUACCGGGUAUGUAAUAAAAUUAUGAAAAGAAAAGUAGGGGUUAGUGGGCAAAUAUUUUUAAUGGCAAUAAAUGGAUAAAAUCAGAGGAUUCCGAAAAUCUGGCAGAAAUUCAAAAACAAGAGGAGCAAACAUCCUUAAAAUUUCUUGCCUAAUUCAAUCCUUACUUUAAAAUGCAUAUCAUUUUUUUUUAUUAUGUUUUGCAGUAUUGUAGGAUAUUUGUUAUAUUAAGAUCAAAUUUACACACAAUUAAUUACAAUUUGUAUAUUAUUAGGUAAUUAAGUUUCUAAUUACUAAAUUAUAAAAAUGAACAAUGUUUUUUUUCUCACUUUUACAGAAUAUGCUAUUUUAAGUAUGAGUAAAAUAAGGUGUAUGUCAAUUAGACAGCAACCCAACAACUCAGAAAAACUGGGAAUUUUCAGUUUUUAUUUCAUCUUAAGGGACUCUGUGUAUAUGAUGGUACCAUAUUACCUCAAAGGAACACUUCUUUAGAGUAAUUUUAUUAGCUCUUAGUAAAAAGUCAACUGCUUUUAUUUGCAUUGUUUUUAAGAUCAUUUAUUUUGAUUUGUUUAAACAAUGACAACUUGAUAUGCUGUGGUUGUAACAUAUUUCCUCAAAAGGAACACUUCUUCAGGGUUGUUUUUAUGCACUAUCCAUUCAUUUUAUUGUUGUGAGAGUCAUCCAGUAUAACAAGAACUGAUUGUAAAAAAUUUAUAUGUUGACAUUUGAGACUACGCAUGAAAGAUGCAACUAUGCAUCAAAAUAAAUAUAUGGAGUACUUUAAACUAAAAUAGUUUUUCCAGUGUUUACUUGUAUUUAUGCCAUUAUGGCUUUUCUGACUUUAUCAAAAUGCUGGAUUUGGUGUUUCAAGAACAAAUUUUGUACUCCGAGUACUGAGUAAAGUUUUAUGCCCAAGAGCUCAGGUGUGGAAUUGUUUUGAGUAGGUAAGAUUCCUGAUAGCCCACAGAUUUUCUUUGACAGAAUUGCAUUGGUUCCCCCCACAUUCCAAAUAUGUAAAAUUAGGUUUGUUUAUUCAUUUCAUGAAUGGGUUGUUUGCUGCCAAAGUAUAAAUGUUCAUCCUCAUCAAUAUUUAUUUUUAUGCCCCACCUACGAUAGUAGAGGAGCAUAAUGUUUUUCGGUCCGUGCGUCUGUUCGUUCGUUCUUCUGUUUGUUCGUCCGUCCGUCCGUACCUCUGUCUGUCCCGCUUUAGGUUAAAGUUUUUGGUCAAGGUAGUUUUUGAUGAAGUUGAUGUCCAAUCAACUUGAAACUUAGUACACACUUUCCCUAUGAUAUGAUCUUUCUAAUUUUAAUGCUAAAUGAAAGUUUUGACCCCAAUUUCACGGUCCACUAAACAUAGAAAAUGAUAGUGCGAGGGGGGCAUCCAUGUACUAUGGGCACAUUCCUGUUUUUAAUAUUCUAUUUCAAGAUGAUUCUGAAUUUACCUAGACAUCACAUAGUAAUAAAUAAAAUGUUGUUGAGUCAUCAUGAACUUAUGCCAAAUGAAUGAUUUCUAACAUUUUUUGAACAAAUGGAUAAUUUUUCCUAAAACAAAUUGUUAAUUUUUCUUUUCAAAUUUUAGAGAAAUACUUGAACUGCAGUUCUCUCUGUAUAAAUGAUUUAUUCCAGACUUUAUAUUUCAUAAUGCUGCUAAUUAAAUCUUUAGCAUUGUAUUAUAUACCUAAUAAGUAAUAAAAUAUUUUUGGGUACAACCUU